AUGCACCCCAGAGCUGCCUUUCUUGCACUAUGCUGGGCAGGUGUCCCAGUCCUUGCAGGACAAGGGGAAAGCCAUAAUGCCGCUGAUACUUUCGAUGAGUAUUGUUUCUAUUCCAUUUAUACAGCCCUUUCAGAAUAUACCUUUGCUGGGAGUACAAUUUUGGCGUCUUCCCAAGGCAGUGGUGGAACUAGUCAUGGAGGUUCCAAUACCUCUGGUGGUGGACAAGCCUCUUCGUCAAUGGGGCAAACCUCUUCGAGAAAUCAGUCCUCUUCUAGCGCCCAGUCCUCCGCCGAAAGCGAACACUCACAUAGUAAGAGGUAUUUACUCCGCCGAGGACACAAGGGUAGCUCAGGAACCUCCACUGGGCCAUGUAAUAGCACCGUUGAAGUCACUUCGAUGUAUGCGAGUGCAAAAGCAUGGUGCAGUAAGGCUGAACUCAAGGCUACUAUUCCAUACUGGCAGAGUCUCUGUGAGCAAAAUAGCCUGACUCUUAUGGACUUGUCCGAGGUUGAAGCCAACGUUACCGAUACGUACCUGGCGUCUCUACCAACCCUUGACCCGGAAAUGAAUAGCACCUCAAUGACCGGUACCAUAGAAUCGCCAGUUCUACUUAGUCACGCUUACUACAAGAGGGCUCACAAGUCAUACGUCACUCAUGACUUUGCUCUGGACAAGGACAAGCGGUUCGGCUGGGGUCUGAUGGGAUAUUGGGGAGGCAUAUUGGUCUUGGGCAUGAUGGCCAAACUGAUGGGUUCAUUGUCUAGCCAACGACGGGUGCCCAGCCACCAAGAUGCAGAGUCCAGUGUUACUUCGCAAAACAUGCGUCGGAAACAGAAUAAGCCUAAGGCUGUCGCGUCUAUGCUGCAUUCUCUAAGGACUUCCUUCGUCGUCCCCGCUAGUUUCGCUCCAAUUCUGUCCCACCACCAACAGCUUUAUUACUGGCACACUGUCCCGCGCCGUUUGGACCUCCUGAUUGUUUUGGGAUUUUGGGCCCUUUGCAUUAUCCUUGGCUGUGUUGACUAUCAAAGCUUCUCUGGAAACAUUGAGAUGUCAAGUGUAUUCCAACAGAACUGGCAGUACUCCUCCGACCGCACGGGUAUUCUGUCGUAUGCUUGUCUUCCCUUUCUAUGGCUAUUUGCUGGACGCAACAAUAUCUUCCUUUGGGCGACAAACUUCAGCGUGCAGUCGUUCAAUAUCUUUCAUCGCCAUGUGGCUUGGGCGUGCACUAUCUUUGCGAUCAUUCAUUCCGUCAACUAUAGCGUUGUCUUUGCAUACUAUGACGGCAGAUUCCAAAGUGUCUGGGUUCAGGAGUACUGGUAUAUGGGAGUAGUGGCCACUAUUCUUAUGUCCUUUAUGCUUGUUCAAUCUAUGACCAUACUGAGACGCAUCGGCUAUGAGACAUUUCUCAUAAUCCAUAUUGCUUUCGCAAUUGUGGUUGUGUAUGCUCUUUUCCGUCAUACCAGUUUUGAUGGCACUAAGUGGAAUGGCUAUCUGUGGCCCAUGGUGGCGAUCUGGGGAUUUGAUCGGACUGUUCGUCUGGUCCGUAUAGCCUACUGCAAUCUCAAUGUCCGGUUUGGCAAACAAUUCGUGUCUACCAGCCAGUCCACAGUACACUACUGCGAGGCUAGCGAUCUUAUCAAGGUUGAAGUAUAUCCUGCAUCAACGACGCUUACUCCACGAGCUGGACAGCAUUAUUACCUCUAUCAACCUGUUUCUCUCAAAGGAUGGGAAAACCACCCGUUCACCUUGGGCGCCUACGUCUUAACUCAAGAUAAAAACUCUGAGCAAGGGAACAAGUUAAUAUUCUACAUCCGCCCCUACGAUGGAUGGACGAGGCGACUUCGCGAUCUUUGCCGCAAAUCCCAGGUGGACAUUCGUCUCUCACUAUUACUUGAAGGUCCGUACGGAUCUACGGCCGCUCUCCACACAUGCGAGUCCAUUCUGAUGAUCGUCGGUGGUACCGGGAUUGCCGCCGCAGUGCCAUAUAUCAUUGAGCAUGUCUCCCGUGCGAAAGAAGGGACGACAAGAACGGUACGGAUCCAACUAGUUUGGUCUGCUCGGAGUACAGAGAUGUACUCUCAGGUCUUCUGUGAUGAGCUAAGCACCCUCCUGCACCAUGAAGACAUCGCUACGACCUACUUCUGCACCAACAAAGCAUCAUUGGACCUCGAAAUGAAAGCCGGAAGUGGUGAUGAGCCUGGAGAGAGCCCAAUGAGCUCCACCUUGGAUGACAAGGAAGGGAAUGUGGCCUCUUCCGUACGAAACGGAACUGUACGCUUUCUCUCUGGUCGUCCUGAUGUGGGCGGUAUUAUCAAAGCGGAGGUGCAAGAAGCCAAGAUCAGUUCUGGUCGACUGGCAGUGCUCACCUGUGGUCCAGCUCAGAUGGCGGAUGACUGUCGGCAAACGGUGUAUGAGGUCAUGAAAGAUGGAUUCCAAGACAUUGAGUACCAUGAAGAGGCCUUCGGAUGGUAA